AUGGUCAACGGUUCUCUUUCCUUGGACUCCAACUCCAUGGAGUCCUUCAACUUGAACACCUUGACCAGAAUCGGUAACUCGCUUUCAAUCGACAAAAACAGCAAGUUGACCCAGUUCAACUUCUCUUCUUUGGGCUACAUUGGCGGUGCUCUUAACAUUGUCCAAAACGACCAGUUGACCGACUUCUCCUUCUUCCCCAACUUGACCACCAUCGGUGGUUCUGUUAACCUUGUUGGCGGUUUCAACAACGGUUCUUUCCCAUCCUUGUCCAAGGUUGCUGGUGGAUUCAACUUGACCUCCACCGGUCAAUUGAGCUGUGCUGCCUUUGUCAAGUUGAACGGCAACGGUGCCAUCAAGGGUGACAAGUUCUACUGUCAAGGUGCUUCUUCCACCGUGUCCUCUUCCUCCUCCAAGGCUGGUAACGCCAACGGUGGCUCUACCGACACCGCUGUUGCCUCCAGCAGCGGCGGUGCCAGUUCCACCACCAGAAGCUCCGAGGGUUCUGCUCUUGCCAAGGCUGGCUUGUUUUCCUUCGCCGCCUUGUUUGCCGGUGUUGGUGCCUUCUUGUACUAA